CCGUCGAUGCGCACGGAACACCGCGGGCAGUCUCAAUUUGACGAGAUACGAUAAUUGCGAAAAUUCUUAACCAAAUAAAUAAUUCUCUUUUAAAAAAAACAGUGCAAUCACGUAAAAUCCAAUAGUCAGUAAAAAUAAUUGAUUGAAGAGAAUUUAGCGUGUGGAUUUUGGUCUUGACCAUCAAAAACACUUCGAUUGUAUCUCUAAAACGGGAAUUGGAGUAUCAGAUGCAUUGAAUUAUGUUCUGUUUUCUAAUCCCGUCAGCUGGAGUGCCGGUUCGUUUGCGAAAACUGCUGCAUCAACUUCCUACCAGUGCCGAACAGCUGCAGAGUGGGGAUGACAUGGAGAUGAGGGGAAGGUGAUAGUGACCACCGCCUGAGAGAACUUGUCUUAGACACCCCCAUUGCGUGUGGUGCCCUCCCUCUCUUGGGGUGCAGUACUACGAUGCCGCUGAGGUCACUCGAACCCCCAGAACUGAGCCUCUAUUUUCGUCAAUCCUCUUUGGUCUUUGCACUGGAACUAGGGAAAAUUAGCCUUAACCAACCUAUAUUUGAUUCCUAGGAUGAAAGAUAUCGGAUCGAUAGCUGAUCAUUUGACGAUGAUUGAAGUUCAUUUCAUACCAUUUGCUAAUGUCUCAUUGAAUAAUUACAAAUUAAUAAAAUUUCACUUUUUUGGCCUAGAUUUAAUUGCUGUUGGUGGCGCUUUAGUCGUGCGGAGUCUCCAGAACCCUUGGAGGAAAACAACUGUGUGUCCAGCUUAGAGUGGAGAAAUAAAUGUGUAUACAGAGUGGGAACAAAGAUAGAGAAUCUUGGAUAUUUUCGGUAACAAUACAUUAUUCUCACGGACGUUGUGUCCAUUACGUAGCUCUCGGCUGACAACUGAAUCACAAAUUCACAAGAGGGCAGGGUCAUAGUGUUGAAAUGACAGGAGCCACGAUUCCCUCGUCGGAGAACGGUCCAGAGGUGUUUUCACGAUAUAAUGUGGCAUCAGUGUGAACAUUUUUCAACGUCUUGACCUAACCCAUGAUAUUUGUCUUCGUUCUAAUUUCUCAUUGUUCUCUCGGCAGUGGAUAUUGAUAGGGGCGGGCUCCCAGUUAACCAAGUAAACUUGAUUUUAUUUAGUGAUAAGGACUUGACGCUCUGUUUAUUGCAUUGAUGCAGACCAUUACGUGGAUUUUCGUGCGGAGAGCCUCGUCGGGGGCUACCCACACCACGAAAAAUCAGAUUAUUGUUUUAAAAAUGAGUUUUUGACCAAAACUGCCAAUUAAAGACUGAAUCACCGAUGCAACGGUUAACCCAAUUGGUAACGAACGUGUGUCAUCAAUGGGAAAUUGCUGCUCGUGUUUCAAAGUGCCGCCUCCGUCGCCCACUACGGAUCAGUCCGCUGUGCCGGAGAUCAAAGAGGACACUAUGGAAAUGCGGAGACUAUUUCCAUCUCAUCAAUACACAAUGGGUCCCCUGACGUCCAUUGAUUCACGUGCUAAUGGAAAUAAAAAGUCACCAGCAACGAAUUUAUCAGGAUUAAACAAUGUGGGAUCGGACAAUUGUGGUUCAGUCCAAGUUGUACAGAAUAAUUUACGUUUAUCCAAGGCAUUUUAUGCUAGACUACCGCCACUCGGACGCUCCACAACUUUCAACAGCGGCAAUACUAAUGCUGAUUGUGAUAAACAGAUGAGAGAGCUGUCGGAUGCUAAAUUGAAUGGACUAUUUGAUCAAUACAAAGAUCCUCACGAGGACAUUAUACUGGAGGACGGUAUUGAAAGGCUGUGCGAUGACCUUCAAUUAUCACCCGAUGACUUCAAAGUUCUCGUAUUAGCUUGGAAACUCGAUGCAGAACAGAUGUGUCAAUUUACAAGACAAGAAUUUGUUAAUGGACUUAAAUUAUUGAAAGUUGACAGUAUACGUGGUGUACAGUUACGUUUGCCGGAAGUUGUCCAAGAGCUGACAGUUAAUGGAGAUUUAUUCAAGGAUCUUUACCGAUUUACAUUCCGUUUUGGUCUCGAUGUGACGUCGGGCCAGAGAAUUUUACCAGUUGACAUGGCUAUUGUCCUGUGGAGGCUCGUGUUUACGAUACGUGAACCACCACUUUUGUCCAGGUGGCUGGCAUUCCUUGAGAAUCAUCAUGUCAGGGGUAUACCAAGGGAUACGUGGAAUAUGUUUUUGAAUUUUGCUGAAGUCAUUGGCAGUGAUCUGGGAUCCUAUGAUGACGCCGAGGCUUGGCCAAGUUUAUUUGAUGAUUUCGUGGAAUACGAGAAUGAUCAGAUGAAUCAAAAUAUUACCAAGGAUGAUAUUAUCAAGGACUCAAUAACGAAUAAGGAUUAAUAUACGUUUCUAGGGUUUUUUGAAAAUUCAGUGGGAUUCUAUAGUCAAACGGUAAAGGGUAACAAGUUAAUUUAUUCCCUAGUGGAGUUUUCGCGGGUAUUCUAUCAGUUAUAGAGAGCUAACUGAAUUUUUUUCGAUACAUUUUUGGCAAGUAGAACGAACAAUAAAAAUAAAGUUUUUAUAAAAAUUUCACUAGUUCUCGUAAAUUCUGAUAUGUUCAACGAAAACUUAUGUUUUUAUUGAAUGGAUUUGUUACCCUUCAACUCUUCCAACUGAAUUGAUUUUUUUUCGCGUAUUUUUAUCAUCCUUCUUUAUCCCUUUGAUUAUGAUCUCGUGUGCUUCCCAUCUCGGUGCCCGUACUCCUUUUGGAUUUUAAUGUUCAUUGUCCGUGGAGUGUACGGUGAAUAUUUAUGAGGGAUUUGAUUAAUUUUUUUAAAGUUUAAUAGUCAAUGUAUGGUUUACAUUGUGAAUUAUAGUGGGUCAAAGGCGCGUGCGGAUUUCGAAAUUUUUCUGGGUUGCAAUUUUUUAAAUUGAUUGGUGAAUUCUUAAUCAUUUAUAGUCGAAGGUUGACAUUUCGUGGUUUCUUAUUUGGAACAGGAGAAAUUAUGGGGGUUUGGUACAGUGUAAUUUUAAAUUUAGAAAUGUGGCCCAAACUUGUGAUAUGUGUGCGUGUUUUAUGCAGUAAACAAGAAAAGUUAUAAAAAUUUAUUAGAUAUUCACUUAUUGACAUUGAUAAGCUGGUUUUUCAUUGGUAUAAGUUUGAAGGAUAGUUGGUGUGCUGUAUUGAUUAUUAAUAAGAAUACUGAGUGAAUUGAGUCUCUUCGUGGUAUUUUAGUCUAUGUAAUAACUUUUCAUAGAGAAUUUCGCAUAAUUAUUUGUUGGCUACACGUGUGCUUGUGGACCUAAUUAGUUAAUGGCAAGGAAUUUUUUUUUUCAGAUUAGGGGGAGAUAAACUUAUUCACAAGCACGAUAAAGAAAAAAAAAAUAAAGUUCAAAUUUCAAUAUUUUUCUCCAUCGAGACGAAGUUGCGUCUGUGUAAAAUAAAUACGACCAAUUCGUAAUUAUAAAUUAACUAUAAAUCGACGAAAUCCUUUGAGAUUUACGAAUAAUUGAAAUUAAAAUGAGAGGCAAAAUAAUCUUUAACAAAAAUGGAAGAGAACCACAAUGUGAUAAAGCGAUGACUGUAAAAAUGAAAACUCAUACAAAGAAAAUAGCAGACAAAUGAUAUUUCUUAAAGGAUUUUUUUUCGUGUGACUUAAAAAUAAGGUAAUCCAUGAAGAAUCAUUUUUCGAUAAAUCACUUCGAUCAGUGCAGCUGAAGAGUUGAACACGAGAAAUUUAAUUGAUACCCAAAAUAGAUAACAUGGAUCAAUUGAGAAAAAUAUGAACCAUUAGUUAUCAUCAUCUACCAAAAUGUUUGAGGCCUUGUACUGUCGCAAUUUGUGAAAAAAGAAAACAAAACAAACACAGAGGAGAGUAUAGAGUAUUCGGGGAUUAUUAUGGUAUAAAGUCGUGGAGAUCAAGAUGAUUUCCACUUUGAAGACGAUUAGGAUUUAAUAAUUCAGAGCACAUUUAUUCAUUUCUCCGCCUCAUUAAAGAAAAAGGAAAUAAUGUACAGUGAUAUUGAGGCUUUACGCAAAUUUCUCUUACACUACUUGCAAUAAUGGGCACUUGGGCUUCAUCUAAGAAUGAGAAUUCGUUCAUUACCGCAAUUUUUGUAUAAAACUCGUUAAUUUUUCCUUUAUCAUGCGAUGAAGUUUAUUGAUGACAGUUUUAAGCACAUCCUAGGAGUUUCGUGUCCUCAUGCAUGGAGGAAUUAGGUCUAUGGGAAUAUUUAAAGCAAAGAGAAACGCAAAGAUUGUAGGACGUAUGUGGAAUUAAUUUUAUUUCUUGGACUGUGCCAAUUAGUAACAAUCGUGCGAGCCUAUGAUGCGAUGUUUACUUACACGUAAAUGUAUUUAUAUAAUUGCCUGUGUUUCAUUUUUAAACAUCAAGAAUUGUCGAAUUUUGUACGAUCUUAAAUAAAUAUUUGAAAAGAA